UCUUACUGGAUAACCAACCCCCCGCUGUUCCGGUUCGCUCCGCUCCUCUCAUGGCGGACGGUCCGGGCCGUGCGGGUCGCGGAGCCAAGCUGGGCGAGCUGCCAUUAGCGCAGCUGGAAGAGCUACUGUCCAGUGCGAAGACGGGCCGCGACGAGGACGAGGAAGACGCAGAGCCGAGCGCUGCACGGACGCCGAAGCCGCGGACGCCGAAGCAGCGCCAGGGAACGAGGACGAAGCGGCCGGCCUCGCCAGGGUCCACUGCGAGGAAGAAGAGCAGCAAGAUGGAGGAUGAGGAGUGGAUUGCCACGCAGCCACAUGACGUGUCGAACGCUGGAGAUGAGGUAGUCGACGGCCCUUUCUGGGAAGUUUAUCGAUUGCAGACGAGCAAAGAAGAGUUCUUUCAGUCCCAAGAGUGCUGCACCGGCUUCUUCUGCAUGAGCCGCGUUUGGAAUGAAGGCUUGGGUGCCCAGUGCAGCUUCCCUCGACGGCCAGGCGGGCUGCCUUCGCCAUCCCCAACGUGCAUGCGGUGCUUCGUCACCACAGCCAUCUUCAGCGUUCAACGGCUAGGUACACUCAUGUCAGUUGACAUCAGGAAUCGACCUCUGCCAAAUGCACAACCAGCAGCUGAAGAGCCAGGGCUAUUUGACUCACGGCCGAGUGGAUGGUCCCAUCCCACCGAAGAAGCAGAAUGAGUUUGACGCGGUGGCCGCGCGGAUUCCUGUGC